GAUCACCCAAGAAUAUACCUCCAAUAACACAGAGGCAUAGGACGAGAUAGGAGAGUUGAAUGAGAUGUAAGGACGAUCCUAGGAUAUAUAUGCUUGGAUGGCGAGCAGAUUAUGAAAAGAAAAAAGGUAUGAGGAAAGGGGUAACAGAUUGUAUAGAUAAUAGCAUCCCUACCAACACUAAUGUUAGGAGAUGGUUCAAGUUAUAAUCUGCCCUACCCUACUACUAAUACGUAGGGUAGGUAGAUACUUUAAGUCUAGGUAUUACGUAAGAAAGAGAAACCGAUACCGGGGAGGUGUCAUCAGUCACACCAACUUGAACCUAACUACCUAGGUAGUCACAACAUGUAACUAACCUUAGUACUUACAUUAGUAUACUACCUACAUAUAUAAUGUAGCUACGAUAAGACUAUGUACCUGGGCUUACCCUUUAAAAGAGAAAUCACCAUCUACAGAUACCUACCAAUCCUUAUUAGCACCUACCUAACCUAACCCAAGCAGCUAUCAUGGAAGAAGACCCUAACAAUAACCCCGGGGAAACUCAACCCAAACUCCACGUCGAGCCCCCCGAAGCGCAGUCCUUCGUAGAGAAAAUCCUAACCGGCAACGGCGUCCCCGCCCCAAACGCCGCCAUCGUCGCCGCCUGCCUCGUCGCCGCCGACCUGCGCGGCGUGGACACGCACGGGAUCAACCGGAUCCCGUCGUACAUGGCGCGCGUGCGCAACGGGGUCCUCGACGCCACCGCCUCUCCCACCGUGACGCCCAUCACGCCCGUGGUGGCCUCGGUGGACGGGCGCAACGGGUUCGGCUUUCUGGCGGCGGAGGCGGGGAUGCGGGAGGCGUGCGCGAUGGCGCGGGUCUACGGGCUCGGGAUGGCGAGCGUCAAGCACUCGAACCACUUCGGCAUGAGCGCCUGGCUCGUGCAGCAGGCCCUCGACGCCGGCAUGAUGAGCCUCGUCUUCACCAACUCCAGCCCCGCGCUGCCCGUCUUCGGCGGCGCCGAGAAGCUGCUCGGCGUCUCUCCCAUUGCCUGUGGUGCUCCCGGGGGCCAAGAGAAGCCGUUUAUCCUGGACAUGGCCCCUUCGGUAGCCGCGCGGGGGAAGAUAUACAAGGCCAUGAGGAGGGGCGAGAAGAUCCCCCUGGACUGGGCGCUGGAUGCCGAGGGCAGGCCGACGGACGAUCCCGCGGCGGCUUUGCAAGGGGUUAUGUUGCCGAUGGGAGGGCCGAAGGGCUCGGCGCUGGCGAUUAUGAUGGAUGUGUUUUCGGGGGUGUUGUCAGGCUCUGCAUUCGCAGGCGGCGUGACGAACCCGUACGACCCGAGCAAGCCCUCCGACGUCGGCCACUUCCUCGUGGCCAUCAAGCCGGACCUGUUCAUGAGCCUCGACGACUUCCGCGCGCGCAUGGACUUCCUGUACCAGCGCGUCGUCGGCUCCGGCAAGGCCGCCGGCGUCGAGCGCAUCUACUUCCCGGGAGAGAUCGAGCAGCUGACGCAGGAGGAGAGGCGGAGGACGGGGAUACCCUACGUGCAGGCCGAGGUAGAUGCGCUGAAUGAGGAGGCGAGGAAGGUGGGGGCCCCGGAGUUGGUGGUUAAGAGCUGAUGAGAUUUGGUUUUCUUUUGGCAAUAUGCACAGUUUUUUAUAUAUACGCCCUGAUAGGCCCCU